AUGUUGUUUCCCUUUGUGCUGCUCUUGCUGGCAACCGAGAUUCACUCGGCCAGUGAAUCGCGGUUUACAAAUAUUGAGUGCAGGAUGCUAGAUCCAUCGUAUGCCGUCUAUGAGCAAUGUGAACUGAAAAUUCUUGGUCGUGGUAUCGUUGGAUUGAAUAUAUAUUCGAGACUGAAGAAGGGCCCCUUCAAUAAUGCCAAGUACAAGAUUCGCUUACUACUGAAUAGCACAAUGUGGCUCCGCUUUGGAAUCCUGCUCAUGGUGACAAAUGCUUUGUCGAUGGAAGUGACUCGCUUCACGAACGUCGAGUGCAAGAUGUUGGAUCCAUCAUAUGCUACCUACGAGCAGUGUGAACUUAAAAUACUAGGUCGUGGGAUCAUUGGCUUGAACAUAUAUGCUAGACUGAACAAAGGACCCUUUAACAAUGCCAAGGUAGCUAAUGCUAGUGAGAUUGUUGUGGAUCUAGCCAAUUGA